AUGUCGUACACCAAGAGGGACACUGCGGAGCAGAUUCGCGACCACAAACUCGCCUGUUCUGUCAUCAACUUACACGGUACCGAAGAUUGUGUUUUUGACCAAGCCAGUUUGGAUUUCCUCAAGCGUUUCACCGACGACAUCUCCAUUGAAAACCGCGACAAGAUCCUCGUUGAGAACGGCUGGGUCGAUCCACCUGGGGCACGACCUGGCUCGAUGGCAGCCAGGAAGAGUGGUAGUCUGUCGGGUCUCCUCGUUGCGAGGUACGGCACCGAUGAUCCCGCUCUGGAUGAGAGGGAUUGGGAACUGCUCAAGGAAUGGAAUGAUAAGGGCAUGCCCAAGGGCGAACAUGUUCGGCGAUGA